GAUUUCGCGUCAAUCCUGUAAGAUGCCUCCACCACCUUGCUCUUCCACUGACUUUACAUGAGCAUGCGACUUUCGACUGCCCUCAUCGCCCUCGCUGCCCUUGUCGGCGCCGUCACCAGUCGCAUACUUCUCGUGGGGACGACGAACAACGCCGUCUCCAUCUUUCGCACCGACUCCGCGGGUGGCUUGACCAAGCUCGGCCAGGAAAACUAACGCUACGACGGGCAACCAUCCCACGUACUAUGCCUUGUCCAACGACAACAAGUGCCUGUACGUGACCAAUGAAGUCGCCAUGGCAUACUGAUAUUGUUCUGUGUGCUUUCGAAAACGAUUCCAACACAAACACCAAGGACAAUCUGUCACCCGACAUUCGUUUCCUAAUCAACACAAAGGGCCCCGUACAUUUAGUCCAGACCAACAACAAAUUCGUGGUAGUCGACGACAGGUCCGUUCUCGUCGUCAAGCUCAACCGCAACUGCACGGUUGGCGAAAUUGUGGACACUAAGCAGUUCACCGGUGGCGCUGGUGUGAUCCCGGACCGCCAGGAUGUUCCUCAUGCGCAUUACGUCGCCCUGACCAAGUGCACCAUGUUAUUGUUCGUGACGGAUCUCGGCAACGAUAACAUCAUGCAGUACAAGCUCAUAAAUGGGAAGUUCACCGCAAAUGGAUUCACGUCGACUGGCCUGGGGUGGCUCCCCGCCAUUUGGCCGUGCACCCCCCAACGGCCUUGACAUCUUCUUGACGAACGAAAAUACCAACACGUUGGCUACCAUCAAGUCCAGCCCAACGGAGAGCUCGUCGCGAAAGAGUCGGUAAAGACGUCCACGUUGAUGGGCGACCACUACUCGUCCGCUGUUCACGUGACAAAGGACGGCAAGUUUGUGAGAGUGUCCAACCGCAGUCGCGGCAUAAACGAAAUCAACGUUGUGGUGUGCGUCGCCAAAAACGUCAAGCUCGUGUCCCUCGCACCAUGACGAUGACGACAUUGUGUAAACCAACGUACGAGUGACCGCCGCCUCCUCCCGAACGGCACGGUCAUGCCUACCCCGACCAAAGUGACUAUCCCGCCCCGAUCGUCCUCUUGACAUUGUAAUCUUAUUUACCUUAGCUCCCAUCGAAUUCUUGCCGCGUGAGGACGCUUUGUGCUAUGGGCGUCCCAUCUUCGCCUGCUGACGACAUCACUGCGUACCGGAGAACAAACAUUAUGCAACAUAUAAUCUACGUUGUGUCGUA